AGCCAGUGAAGCCUCGGGUCUCAUCUCGCUAUGGUGCGCGACGCGCGAAGCUAUGGCCUCAUGCGACUUGCUGAAGUUGGCCUGCGCGGACAUCUUCCACUUCCUGGCACGGCCCUGCCGCCGGGGGAAGAGCCGGAAGCUGCCAGCCCGGGGCCUCCGGGUGCUGCUGCUGAAAUGUGUGCUGAUUCUUGCUGCUGUCGCUGGCAUCGGCGUGACCUUGCACUUUAGCCAGGCUUUCCGACCGCGCUCGCCUGAUCCCAUCCGCUUGCCCGAAGUCGGGAAUGGGUCCUGGACUGCGGUCGGCGAGGUGGAAGGUGUGGAGGAGGAGCAGCCGGCUGACGCGACCACACGGCCCGAGCCAGCCACGCGCCGGCCCGAGCCAACCACGCAGCCCGAGCCACCCACGCGGCCCGAGCCGACCACUCGCCGGCCAGAGACGUCGCCGAGCCCGGCCAAGAGCCCGUCGAAGGGCUCGCGGAGUUCGGAGCCGGCACCAGCUAUGGCCUUCACAGAUAGUGUGCACGUGUGCUUCUGCAGCGACGACACCGACUGGCGGCCGGUGGCUGCAGCAAUCAACUCCACCCUGCAAAAUGCGAAGCGGCCCGAGAAGCUGAUCUUCCACCUGAUCACGUCGCCGGAGCUGGCAGAGGUGGUAGGGCAGGUGCUGAAGGAGGUGCUGCCAGUGCUGCGGCGCCAGCUGCAGGUCCACUCCAGCGUUAGUUUGCAGAAGCGGAUCAAGGGCCAGAUCAGCUACCGAAAGAGCUCUGGGGCGCGGAAGGGCCUCGCGAGCGCCUUCAACUUCGCGCCUUUCUACCUGGAGGAGUUCUUGGCACAGUCAGACCAUGCUUUGCCAAAGAGGCUGGUCUACCUGGACACGGACGUUUUGCUGCUGGGCGACGUCGAGCGCUUGGCCACUGCACAGCUGCACGGCUUGCCCGCGGCGGCGGUGGAGGAUUGCUCCCAGCACUUCGACAUUUACAUCGAUUUCGGCGAAAUGGCAGGCCUUGGCACGGGACGUCAUUUUCCAGCAAUCCAUGAAAGUGGACGUGUGGAUCCCAAAGAGUGCGUCUUCAACCGCGGCAUCUUCGUGAUGGACGUGCUGGAGUGGAAGAAGCGGCAAAUCACCCGAGACAUUGAGCGCUGGAUGGCCAAGUACCGUGAGUCCAAGAAGGACAUCUACAAGUUUGGGAUGUCUCAGCCGCCCUGGCUACUGGCGCUGCAUGGGAAGUAUCACCAGCUGGGUGCGGAGUGGAACUGCCGCGGCCUGGGCCGAGAGGCGCUGUCACUGCAGGAGCUGAAGGCGCUGAAGGCGGAGCUGAAGCUGAGCUUCAAGGAGCUUCAGAAGGUGGGUGCCAGAGCCAUGGGGGACCAGGCCCAGCCCUACAUCGCGUCCUGCUCCGACGACGCCGAGGUGCUGCACUUCAACGGCAAGCUGAAGCCCUGGCGAUCCAACCGCUGGGUCCGCAGGCAGCCUUCGCCGAUGUGCAUGGUGAAGGCCGAGGCCUUCCCAUCCCUUCCGCGGAAGUCGGUGGCCGGCAAGACCUUUGUGCGCUGCGCGGACAUCUGGUCUAACUUCCUGUCCCCGGAGGCCGCGCAGCUUCUGAACGCCACCGCGGUGAACUUCUACAAAGUGAAUGCUUAAUCUUUGGCGCUCGUUUUGACCACAGCGU